CUUAUUUUCUCCCCACAAGUUGACUUGUGUUCUAUUUAACAAAGCUACUGAUAUUCCUUGUUCAAAACUUAGCUGCUGCAGCAAGACAUGGAUGAUCAAUCAGACGGCAGACAAGGCAACGGCAGAAAUCUGAAGCUACCGGUGCCGGGAAAGCGCAACAUACUCAUCACAAGCGCCUUGCCAUACGUCAACAACAUCCCUCACCUUGGCACCAUCAUAGGCUGUGUUCUGAGUGCUGAUGUUUUCGCUAGAUAUUGUCGUCUUCGUGGAUACAAUGUGGUAUACAUAUGUGGGACUGAUGAGUAUGGGACUGCAACAGAGACAAAGGCUAGGGAGGAAAAUUGCACUCCACAGCAAAUUUGUGACAAAUAUUAUGCAAUUCAUAAAGAGGUCUAUGAUUGGUUCGAUAUAUGUUUCGAUGAAUUUGGACGCACCUCCACUCCCCAACAGACUGAAGUUUGCCAAUCUAUUUUCAAGAAACUGAUGGAGAAUGGAUGGCUUACAGAAAACACAAUGCAGCAGCUCUUUUGUGAAACAUGCAAUCGUUUCUUGGCUGAUCGGCUAGUCGAAGGCAGUUGUCCAAUGCUAGAUUGCAAUUAUGACUCUGCACGAGGGGACCAAUGCGAUAAGUGCGGAAAGCUGUUGAAUCCAACUGAGCUUAAGGAUCCUAGAUGUAAAGUAUGUCAGGCAAGACCAUGUAUACGUGACACAGACCACUUAUUUCUAGAGCUCCCACUGUUGAAGGGUAAAUUGGAAGAAUAUAUCAGUGACAUGUCUGUUGCAGGAUCUUGGAGCCAGAAUGCUAUUCAAACUACAUAUGCAUGGCUUAAAGAAGGACUUAAAUCCCGAUGCAUUACGAGGGACCUUAAGUGGGGGGUUCCUGUUCCACAUGAAAAAUUUAAGGACAAGGUUUUUUAUGUAUGGUUUGACGCGCCCAUCGGUUAUAUCUCCAUCACUUCAUGCUACACGCCUGAUUGGGAGAAGUGGUGGAAGAACCCUGAAGAUGUUGAGCUGUACCAGUUCAUGGGCAAGGAUAAUGUCCCAUUCCACACUGUAAAAAUGUUCUCAUCUCAUGUUAUGUUCCCAUCUACACUUAUUGGAACCGGAGAAAAGUGGACUUUAAUGAAGAGCAUUAGUGUUACAGAAUAUUUAAUGUAUGAAGCAGGGAAGUUUUCCAAGAGCAAGGGUACAGGAAUUUUUGGAAAUGAUGUGCAAGAUACAAACAUUCCAGUAGAAGUGUGGCGAUAUUACUUGCUAACUAACAGGCCAGAGGUCUCAGACACAUUGUUUACAUGGACGGACUUGCAAGCAAAACUAAAUACUGAGCUGCUGAAUAACUUGGGAAAUUUCAUUAACCGAGUGUUGAGCUUCAUCGCAAAACCUCAGGGACUAGGAUAUGGAUCUAUUAUUCCUGAUGCUUCUGGUGGUGAAUCACAUUCCUUGACAAAAAGGUUUGCAGAAAGAAUUGGUAUAUGUGUGGACCAAUACAUAGAAGCAAUGGAGAAGGUCAAGCUAAAGCAAGCACUGAAAAUUGCAAUGAGCAUAUCCAGUGAGGGCAAUGCAUAUUUACAAGAGAGCCAAUUCUGGAAACUUUACAAGCAAGAUCAAGCUGCUUGCUCUCUUGUUGUGAAAACUUCUGCUGGACUGGUUUAUCUUCUUGCAUGCUUGCUAGAGCCUUUCAUGCCUUCAUUUUCUCUCAAGGUGCUAAAGGAGCUCAAUCUGCCGCCCGAAAAUCAAUUUUCGCUUCGCAAUGAGAAUGGAGAUCUUGAGAAGGCAAAGAAACCAUGGGAAAUAUUACCUGCGGGUCAUAAGAUUGGGACACCAGAUCCUUUGUUUAAAGAAUUGAAAGAUGAAGAAGUGGAGGCCUUCAGGAAGAAGUUUUCUGGAAGUCAAGCUGAAAGGGUUGCUAAGGGAGAAGCUGAAGCAAGGAAAUUAGCUGAGCAAUUGGAGCAAACAAAAGUUUAAUGCUUACUUUUAUGAUUAUAUUCCCUGCUGUAUGGAUGCUACUACACUGGUUAUAUAAUCUGAAUAUAAUUAUUAUGAGUUUUAAAUACAA